AUGAGUAUGCACUCGACCGGCCUCCAACCAUCCUCUUCCGCCACAAGGACGGCCCCCAUCGCCCAGACCAACGACGGCAGACUCCUGGCCUAUCCGGGCACGCAGCUCUACCUCGAGUGCCUGUGGAUGAGGAAAUACGGGACGCCGAGGUGGAACGUCUCUCAUGCGCACGGGAAGUACUGGACCGGCUGGACAACGGAUGCAAUGCGAGAUCCUCAGCUGGAGUACCGCUUGGCUCUCUACACUACUAACGUUGGGGAUACAGGCGAUUACACGUGCAUUACCCCCACGGGGCAUUCGCAUACUGUUGCUAUUGAUAUUAGACAAGUGGACUGCCCCUCCCUCCCUCCUCUCUCUGCAACGAAGGACCCCCACACCCCUUCCUACGAGCCAAAGGGAGCCACGAAACUCAACUCCAUCGUCACCUUCAGUUGCCAGUCGGGCUACACGCUACAGGGCCCGGGGCGAAUCAAGUGCCUGCCUUCGGGAAAGUGGUCGGAUGCAUCGCCCGCCUGCAGGAAGAUCGAGUGCGCGCCGCUGGAGCCCCCCCUCCACGGCGAGCUGACCGGCCCUCGACCCCACACAGCUGGUGACGUGAUAGAGGUCAAGUGUCAUUCAGGUUACAUGAUGGAGGGCCAGCCGAUCCUCGUGUGUCAGGAGGAUGGCGAGUGGUCCAGCCAGGUUCCGAAAUGUUCCCAAGCCUGCACGUACCCGGGCAUCAUCAUCUCGGGCACCAUGAGCAAGGUGAAGUUCUAUUACCCAAUCAACGACAGCGUCACCUACACGUGCAGCGACGAUUUCGUUCUCCACGGCCAGAAGACCCUCACCUGCCUCGAGGGGGGGAGGUGGUCGGAUCGGGUCCCGUCCUGCCUUCCGAGGCCGUGAGUGGUGCGGGAGGGAGGGGAGGGGAGGGGAGAGAAG